GGGCGAGAAAAAGGAGGCGGGGCGCUCCCGGCAUGCUCCGCGGCACUCCACCGCCCGCCUGUUUUGAAUCGCACUCUCCGUGGUAUUGGCGGGGGUUGUGACGGCAGCGUUAUGGGGGCUCCGGUGCUGCCCCCGGCCUGGCAGCUGUAUCUCCUGGACCACCGCAUCUCCACCUACAAGAAGUGGCCCUUCCAGGAGGGCUGCUCCUGCACCCCAGAGCUGAUGGCGGAGGCUGGCUUCAUCCAUUGCCCUACGGAGAAUGAGCCUGACUUGGCCCAGUGUUUUUUCUGCUUUAAGGAGUUGGAAGGCUGGGAACCAGAUGACAGCCCGAUGGAGGAGCAUAGAAAGCACUCGCCUGGGUGUGCCUUCCUUGCUGUCAAGAAGAAGAUCGAAGAACUGACCCUCAGUGAAUUUCUGAAACUGGACAAAGAAAGAGCCAAGAACAAAAUUGCAAAAGAGAGCAACAGCAAGCUGAAAGAAUUUGAAGAAACUUCGAAGACCAUCCGCCACUCCAUUGAACGGAUGGCUGCCCUGCUGUGAGCCUUUGCUGGGGCAACUGGCCCUGAGUGAUGUGCCACAUCUCGCCACCUGUGCCAGCUCUCUCGGCC